GUGCAUGCAUAUCCCGCAAUUCCCUCCCGGCCCGUUCCUCUUGCCAUUCCAUUACCAUUAUCCAUACCCAUCCAUCCAACUCAUCGCCUCCUGGCUCCUCCAUCCUAUUAUCCUUGGCGUAUAAAAACCAGCGAAGAAGAGACGCAGCCCGUCUCUGCCGAUUCCGCGAUCGCAUUUCGUUGCCUCGCUUUAUUCAUGGAAGAGCCUUCCGAAGACGAUGUGUUCCAUGGAGGAGGCGGUGACCUGGUUUCCGAUCGCGAGGCCGCCGCAAGCCCGGAAUCCACCGGAUCGCUCUGCUCCUCCGCCAUGUCCAGCCUGACAGACAACGACGCCGACGACGACGGCGCGGAGUCCGCCUUCUCGGCGAUCGGUGAUCGCACGUCGUGGUCUUCGUCGUCGUCGUCGGACACGAUGCAGCUCGGCGGGCCGCUCUACGAGAUGUCGCCGCUGCUGGCGCACCUUCCUGCCAGUUGCCACAGGACAGGGCUGUCCAAGUACUACAAUGGCAAGUCCCAGUCCUUCACAUCGCUAUCCGAUGUGAAAUGCUUGCAAGAUCUCGAAAAGAAGGCCUCACCUUACGCCAGCAGGAUUAAGAAGACCCGUUCGUCGAUUUCGAAUCACGUUCCGGGACCGUGUGGCAAGACCAUGGCAAAGAAGACACAGCCGAAAAGUUCAUCCGAUCGACUGCUAUCCAGAGCAAAGAGCAGCGGCCUCCUGCGCAGGAGGGGCAAACCACCUGUGUACCAGAGCAAGCAGGAACUGAGUACAUAUGUUAGCUAAAGGCAAUCCAGGCUUUUGCAAAAUGAGAUGAGACGAAAUUACCAGGGAUGUUGGCAAUGGAGCUAGAGUACUUCCAGAUUAUGUCUUCCUAUGUCAGUAGAGCUUUCUGUAAAUCAAGUGUUCAUGAGCAAGUUUUGCUUAGUUCUCUUCUUCUGACCAAAUCUUGGUUUUGUUUCUGCAUGAUUCUAUGCUUGGUCUAUUCUGGCUGAGGCUAAAAGUCAACAGUUGCAAAGGUUGGACUAGCAACACAGUACAGUCUAAUAAUAAACAGAGCUGUAGUCCAGCGCAGUACAGUUUCAGA